AUUGUGGGUGGUUUUUUUUUAUUUAAUGUUAGGAAAGCUAUAUAAGUAAAUCACUUUUGCAGGCCAAUGAAUUAAUCAUUAGUUACAUCUGUUGCUUUUAAAUUAAUGGCAGUAUUCUAUUUUAAUAGUAAAUUUGGGUGAAUUAAGGAAAAAACAUAAGUGUUUGCAAAGAUCAGGGAUUUAAUUGAUGUAAAAAAGAUGUGUCCUGAUUUGAUGAACAAAAUAUAUUAAGACAUCCCUGAAAUAAAAAUUGGUUUGUAGUCUUUGAAUAGCUCCUCUAAUCCAGAAUAGCAUUUAGUUUUUUGGUGGGAUCUGACACUUCCUUUUCCCCGUGCAGACUCUUUUUAUUAAAAUACUGAGUAUUUAUUUAAAAUGACAAAAAAAAAUACAACCGGAAUAUUACCCCAGAUUUUUUCAUGUGUUUGGAUCUUCUCUGUUUAAAACAAAAUAUUUUAAUCAUGAGCUGUGGAAAUGAUUUUGUGGAAACUCUUAAGAAAAUUGGAUAUCCAAAAGCUGAUGAGCUCAAUGGAGAAGAUUUUGACUGGCUGUUUGAGUCUUUGGAAGACAAAUCAUUUCUGGAGUGGUUUUGUGGAAAUGUAAAUGAGCAGCAUGUGGUAUCUGAAAAAGAACUGCAAGAUUUUGAUAGUCUUCUCAAGUCUGGUAAACCUGUUUUGGAAGGAAAUGCACUGGAUGAAGUCCUUAAAACCUUGAAGCCCGUGGAUUCAAAGAACAGUAGCCAAGAGGAGGAGGAAAAAGAAGAGGAACUGAAGAAGUUAGAGGAUGAACUUCAAACCCUUCAGAAGUUAAAAAAACUUCAAGUUCAUCGGCAUAAUAAACUUCAAAUGAUGAUUUCUGCAAACAGCCAUAUGUUACAAACAUUAAAAAACAAGGACGAAGAAGCACAUAAAGAUUUGAAAGAAGGACUGCAAGUGUUUACUGCAGCAAAUAAUAAGCUUAAUAAUGAACUGCUGUCUCUUAUGGAUGCAGCUAAGAAACUGGCCUCUUUCUUCACUGCUUCAGAAUCAGAACAAGGAUCAGGUCCACAUCCAGUGUUUUUUUCCCAACUUUCUUUGGACGAAUAUUUGUCUCAAGAAGAACAAAACACUGCAGCACUUACCUCAUACAUAAAAAACCACUUUUAUCAAGGUAUGUCUGAAUUGGUUGAAAAUUCACAUGAAGGUAGCUUUCAGCUUGCAGAUAUAAGCAAACAAGUCGCUUGUGAUGAGGCUGAUGAAGUUUGUGAAGAGAGCCAUGAGAUCGCCAGGCUCCAGACAGCGUAUAUUUGUGCUCAACAUCAGCUAAUUCAGAUGCAAGCUAAAGAGGAGAGCAUGAAUUCAGCUAUAAAAUGUGCGGAGAGCAUGCUGCAGUCCUUAAACAACAAGGAUAUUGGUAAACAAGAAAACCUCGAUGCCAAAAUAUCUAGUUUAAAUGAUAAAAUUUCAACAAUUAAACAAGAAAUAACUCAGAUAAACAAUGAAGAGCUGCUUCCCCUUCUGAAAGAGAAAGCACGACUUUUGAGCGCGCCAGUGGUGAAAGGAUACUUGGAGUGUCAGAUUGCUCAGCAGGACUAUUAUACUUCAAGACAAGAUGAAAUAUGCAGGCAUUUGAUAAGGCAGAAAACAUCAUUUGAACUUAUUGAGCUAGCCUGUGAGAUGGAGUUAAAGAAGCAUAAGGAGAUUUGCUGUCAACUUGAGAAUUUGGUAGAAUCCCUGAAACAGAGCAGUAAUGAGUUGCAACAGAGACUACAGGUGAUAACUGAGCAAACUCAACAUGCAAAGCCAAGGAACACUAUUAGUUCAAAUGAUGGUUUCUCUUGCAGGCUAUAUCAGCUUCUGGAAGGAGAAAAACCCCAGCAGUUGUUUAAAACGUACGACAGACUGGAGCAGAUGGCUCAGAAGUUAAAGCAGGACUGUGCUGCAGCACAAGAUCAGCUAGCAGCAUCUUCUCAAGAACAGGCUCGCCUUGUAUCAAAGCUAAAACGUGAUGUAGAUACCCUUCAUGAUGCUUUGUAUCGUGGAGGAAAUCAGAUACAACUCAGUAGUCCGGAACUUCGUGAGCAGUUUCAUCAACUGGAAGCUGAUUUAAAUCAACUAAAUCAACUCCUUAUGGAUCUGAUUGCUGAUGUUAAGUCAAAGAGAGACUUUCUAGAGUCCAAUAAGCUGCAUCAGAUGGAAAGAAACUUGUACGUAUAUUUUUUCAAAGACGAAGACCGCUUGAAAGAGAUGGUGGAGAAGCUUGAGCAGGAGUCUGAGGCUAAGGCUAAAGCCAGAGUCCUGGAAAAUUAGAAUUUCACCACCAGUGGAGUUCUUAAUGUUUAAACUUCAAUGUAUUCUUAAGAAAGAAAAGCAUGUUAAUGUAAACUGUCUGCAAGUUUAUGGAAUGAUAAGUAUUAGCUUAUCAAGGCUAACGUUUAUCUGUCAUUGCAAUCUAUGUUUAGCUGCCACGAUUACCAAGUUUGGAUUGUAUACUGCUUUAUGGCUUUUUGCAUCUGCCCAAUGAGUUCAAAUCUCAGUUUUGUCAAACUUCUUUGAUAUGAAGUAAUACAUUAGUUAUUUGAAUGAAUUACAUUCAGGAUGCUCUUCUAGUAAGCCUGUAUGUUGAUUUCCACUGUGCACAACAUAGCACAAGAAGGAAUGUUUUAUACCCUUGAGAUCGGUUUUCUUGUAUGCUAAGAAGCUUUCAUAUGUCAACUGAAAAAUAAAUGCGGAGAAGGCAUUCCAGAUUUUGGAACAUGAAUGUAAUGUGCUCCUUCUGAAGAGGAAGGUUCUCCAAGCCAGAUAUUCCGUGAUCGUUUCCCUUACAGUUCUCCUAAGAAGAUUUAGUUUUGUUAGAAAUGUGUUGGAAUAUGUACCAGAAUCUGUUUCAAGUACCAAGACCAUCUGUUUUAAGACCAUUCCGAUAUUUCUUAAUUUAACUUAUGGCCUGUCUUCUCCAUUGAAACCAAUCCAUGCUCAUCCUGAGCUCUUCAAAGAAAAAUAAUUCUAUGUUUACCUUUUGGACUUCUGAGUUUGCUCCAUAAUUUAUAAUGAUAGGCAUUUCAGUUCAGAGUCCUGAUGCUUUUCAUAUUUCUGCUUUCAUGUACAUUGAUAGACCA